UAAUCAAUUUUUUUUCUCAAAUUAUAAUGGAUUUAACGAAAGGAUUAUUAAGAGAUAUUUGUAAAUUAUAUUAUGAAUCUGAUGAUUAUAAUGUUUGUAUUACGGUCGGUGGAGAAGAUGAAGGUAUCGAAACAGAAACUUUCAAGGCACAUUCAGUAAUACUUCGUUCAAGAUCCAAAUAUUUUCAAAACGUACUUUCUAAUAAGAAUGAUGAAGUAAAAAAAGAUGGUGAAUUCUUUUUAUUAAAAAAACCAAACAUUUAUCCAGAUGUAUUUCGAUUAAUACUCAAAUAUAUUUAUACCGGGACUUGUAAUUUAAAGGAACCAGAUAUGCAAGAUAUGUAUGUACCAUUGUUAUUAGCGGCCGGCGAAUUGUCUCUUUUAGAUUUAGUGAAAUAUAUUCAACUACACAUCAUAGCCAACGAACAAUCAUGGUUACACGAGAAUAUUAUUCACGUAUUUCACAUUGUCACUCACUCCACAACAUUUUCAUUACUAGCCAAUCAUUGUAGUGAAUUAAUUUGCGAGAUUCCUUCAUUAUUAUUCAAUACUCCAUCUUUUACAAGAUUGGAAAAACUUUCACUGUUAACGAUAAUUAAACGAGAUAAUUUAUGUUUAGAUGAAAUUGAUAUAUGGAAUUAUUUAUUACAUUGGGCGAUUAAUCAAUACCCUUUACUUAAUUCCUGUACUGAUAUUUCUGAUGCUUCUUCAUGGACGAAAAAAGAUUUUAUUGAACUGGAAAAUAUAUUAAAAGAUUUUCUUCCUUUUAUCAGAUUUUUUCAAAUACCUGGCGAUCAAUUAUAUGAAUUUGUAUGGCCAUUCAAGAAGAUUUUACCCAAACAACUUAAAUCUCAAUUAAUUAAAUUUCACAUGAUACCAAAUUCAGAAUUACCAUCAUGUGAUAGUAAUUUUAAUUUAUCAUUACGUGUUCCAAAAUAUAAGAUUGAUUCUUUAUACAUUUCAGCAAGGCAUGCUGGUAUAUUGAGAUCGUGGAUGAAUAAAGGUUCUAAGAGCGAGAUAAAGAAGAAGGAUGUAGUUGAGUUUAAAUUAUUAUUGAGAGGGAGCAAAGAUGGUAUGGACGUAAAAACAUUUCAUAAGUUAUGUGAUAACAAGGGUCCUACUCUAGUAUUGAUUAAAAUACUUGAAAAUAAUCAUGAUGAUGGAGAUGAAUCAAAUGAUAAUAGUAAUCAUAUUAUUAAUAAAAGACAUACUAUUGGAGAUGUUUCUGAAAAUUUGAAAAAUAAUAAAAGUGAUAACUUUAAGGUUAGGAGAUUUAGUACUAGUAAUAUCAUUAAUAAUACUACUAUUACAAGUGGUGAUACUUCUAUUGUGAUUGGAGGAUACAAUCCUUUAGAUUGGAGUUCAUCGGAUACAUAUAAACAAACGAAUGAUUCAUUUAUAUUCUCAUUCACAAAUCCACUUAUAUGUGACUCUAACGAAUACAUUCUAAGUAGAGUACAAAAUUCUCAAUACGCUAUUCGUGAUAUGUCUUGCAAAUAUAAUAAUCUUGGUUUUGGUCAUGAUCUUUGGUGGUUUAGUGGUAGUUGUACUCAACAAUAUUACGGAAAACGAAUCUUACCUAUUACCUAUGCUGGUACUUUUGUUAUGGAAGACUAUGAAGUAUUUCAAGUAAUUUAUUCCAAUGGGAAAAGUAAAGAAAAUUUUGAAGAAGAAAUUUUAGAAGAAAGUGAAAGUGUUAGUGGAGGCGAAGUGAAAGGUGAAAUGAAAAGUGCUGCCAAUGAAUCGAAUGUUUCUAAUGAGAGAGAUGGUAGUAUAUUAAAUAUAGGUAGUGAUGAUAAAAGCGAUGAUAGUUUUGGCGAGAUCAUUAUAUUAUAGUAAUAUGCAGUAAUAUGCAUGUAUUUAACAAUUUUAAAUGUAAUGAACUUUUUUAAAUAAAAUUAUUAUGAUUUAUG